ACAAUGAAUAAAUGUAAAAGUUACAAAACAAACCCAUAAAUUUACAAGAAAAAUGGAGGUAGUUGCACUAAUUAAACAUGAUUACUUCAAAUUCUACGACUGUAUCAUUGAAGCCCUUAGUUCAUUUUCUCAAUUCAAAUUCAUCAUUGCCUUUAUUUUGAUCCUUGCCUUUAUCCACAUCACUCGGAGGCGUGCCAACAUCUACCUUGUCGAUUUUGCGUGUUUUCAACCUCCAGAGUUCCACCGUGUUUCCAUAGGUGCAUUUAUAGAACACUCAGCACUGCGAGAGAAAGAGUUCAGAACAUCAGAAGUAAAUGAGUUCGAAAAGAAAGUGAUCACGAGGUCAGGGAUGGGAAAUGAGACUUAUUCAUCAGUAGGAAUGGAUAUCAUUCCUACUGAUGGCUCUUUAAAACAAGCAAUAGGAGAGGUACAACAUGUACUUUUCACAGUUGUUGAAACUCUCCUUAAAAAACACAAAAUUAGUCCUAAAAGUAUAGAUAUACUUGUGACUAAUUGCAGUAUUAAUUGUCCAACACCUUCAUUAUCUGCUAUGGUUAUAAAUAAAUUCGGGUUUAGAAGCAAUGUAAGGAGCUUUCAUCUCUCAGGAAUGGGGUGUAGUGCUGGAAUCCUCGCGAUUAGCUUGGCUAAAGACUUGCUUAAAGUUCAUAAAAACUCUCUGGCUUUGGUUCUUAGUACUGAGACUAUUUGUUCUAAUGUUUACCUGGGGAAGCAGAAGUCUAUGCUGCUUGCUAAUUGUUUGUUUCGGAUGGGGGGUGCCGGCAUUUUGCUCUCUAAUCGGAAAUGUGAUAGAGCCGUGGCUAAGUAUGAGCUAGAACACAUAGUUCGAACCCAUCUUGGUGCCAAGGAUGAUGCUUAUGGGUGUGUAUUCCAAAAAGCCGAUGAUGAGGGCAAGGUAGGGGUAUCCCUUUCAAGAACGGUGGUCCAUGUAGCAGGGGAAGCGUUGAAAACCAACUUGACUAUCCUAGGACCUCUAGUGUUACCCUACUCGGAGCAAAUACGAUUUGCCUUCUAUUUCGUGUGGAACAAGCUUAGGCCAUGGAAGAAGAAGCAAGCUCCCUAUGUCCCGAAUUUUAAGAAGGCGUUUGAUCAUUUUUGCAUCCAUGCCGGAGGUAAGGCCGUGAUAGAUGCGAUCAAGGAUAGGUUGAGUUUAAGUGAUAGGGACGUCGAGGCAUCUAAGAUGACACUUUAUAGGUUUGGGAACACUUCAUCCUCUUCUACAUGGUACUCUUUAUGCUAUCUUGAAGCUAAAAAGAGAGUUAAGAAGGGUGAUAGGGUAUUCCAAUUGUGUUUUGGGAGUGGAUUUAAGUGCAAUUGUGCUGUUUGGAAGUGUAUUUCUAAAGUGGUUAGCAAGGAUGUUUCCAAUGCAUGGACUGAUAGGAUAAAUAGGUAUCCUGUUGAUGUACCUGAAAUAAUUGAACAUUGAACACAAAUAAAACCAUAGUCAUGAUAAAUCUUGUUUAUACAGCUUUGAAA